AUGAGAGGAAAAUCUAAUGAGCAUGUCACUCAUAGUUCAUCAGCCGCCACACCAACACACCAUAAUUCUACUCGAUGUUAUUCCACCAAGACAUUUCGUCUCUUGACUAUGCUUUCACUCACAUUUUCCUUUUUUUUCAUCGAACUUAUUGUUGGCAACAUUACCAAUUCAUUAGCAUUGGUAGCCGAUGCUUUCCACAUGCUUUCCGAUGUCGUCUCACUUUUCAUCGGUUUAUUUGCUGUACGGAUAGCCAAAAGACGUUCCGAUAUUAACACCUACGGAUGGGUACGUGCUGAAGUCGUUGGUGCCAAUAUCAACACUGUCUUCUUGCUGGCUCUUUGUUUAACGAUCAUCUUUGAUGCCAUCAAACGAUAUAUUCAACCAGAACCUAUCGAGAAUCCUACUCUACUCCUCAUUGUUGGAUCGGUGGGUCUUGGAAUUAAUAUCAUUGGCCUGUUUCUAUUCCAAGGUUUUCAUGGUCAUUCACAUGGUGGUGGUAGCGAUGUUCAUGAGGCACAUGGACACAGUCAUCAUACGCCUCACAAAUCAAAGCUACGAAAACAAUCCAAUAGAACUUCGGAAACCAAUACAAAUACCCAUAUGUCAAAAAGUGAUGACAACUUCGAACCUGUCGAAGCUGUUGUCACUUCCUCUGACUUCAGAAGACACAGCCUUCGAGCUCUCGACGAGGUUAUUGUCGACUGCAUUUCUCAUCCUCCUUCACCAUCAUCCACACAGACCCAUUCUCCAACACAACCCAACAAAAAAGCAAAAAAGUCUUCCAUGAAUAUGCAUGGUGUGUUUCUCCAUGUCCUAGCCGAUGCUCUCGGCUCAGUCGCCGUCAUCAUCAGUUCGCUCAUCAUCAAGUUCGUACCUCACAAUCCCGACGACACCAAACAUUGGACAGUCUAUGUCGAUCCAACCUUAUCUGUCAUCAUUGUUAUCAUCAUCACUGUCUCCGCUAUUCCACUACUGAAAGAAACAACCCAUGUUCUUCUUCAAACUGUUCCCAAAGAGCUACAAGUAUCAACGCUCAAGAAACAAUUACUAGAGAAUGUGUCCGAAGUGGAUGGUAUUCAUGAUUUACAUGUAUGGCGAUUGACUAGUAAUGCGAUUGUUGCCACUGCUCAUCUACAUCGUCGCUCAUUCUCAGACUAUAUGACUGUGGCUGACAAAGUCAAGCGAUUCUUUCAUGAUGCCGGUAUUCACUCGACCACGAUUCAAUAUGAGUACUGGAAUGAUGAAGAACAUGAUAGAUUGAUGAAGAAGAAUGAAAAUGGUGAAGAAAUGAAAGCGAGUUGCUUACUGAGUUGUCCUGAUGAAGUUUGUGAAACGAAAACAUGUUGCACGAAAGAUUCAAUACGUAGCAAUGCGGUAUAUAGCGUGGUUAAUAUGAAUCAAACGCGCGUAGACGCAAAUAGUCCAAGUGCAACAUAUAUCAGAAUGGAGAAUGAACCGUUGUGUUGUGAACAAGAAGAAAAAGAUCGAUUAAUGGAAGCUGAAACAGUGUGA